AAGUCUUAAAGUCAUGGAUGAGUAUUUGGAAGCAGAGUUCAUGAGAAGCAGGAAGUGAAAGUGCUGAGGCGACAGCGACAGCGACAACUGGCUCCUGUUGAAGCCAAUGAGACUCAGUUUGAGGCGGUUAAUGAGUAACAGAGGAGAGGUUCAACCUUCGGCAGACAUUUGUUCAGCUCUUACUGUGUGACUCAUGCAGUCAGAGGAAGAAGCACAGAUCUCUGGGUCUGUUUAUUUCACCUGUAAGACUGGAUAACUUGUGGAAACUUAAUUUCUUUUAUAUGAGUUGUUCUGUUGUUUGUGACUGAGAAACACAGCUGCGAUGGCUGACACACACUCUCAGUCACCGGCCACCGGCUCGUCGGCUAAACUGGACACGGUGCAGGGUCAGGUGAACGAGGUUAAAGUUAUCCUGAAAGACAACAUCAACAAAGUGUUGGAGAGGGGAGACAGACUGGAUGAUCUGAUCAGAACCACAGAUGACCUGCAGGCGUCUGCCGACUCGUUCCAAAGAACAUCCACGCGGGUCGCCAGGAAAUACUGGUGGAAAAACAUUAAAAUGAUGAUUAUAAUCGGCGUGGUUGUGCUGAUCAUCAUUAUCCUCAUCAUCCUCUUCGCCACUAAAGUUAUAUAAAUUAAAAAAUCCGGCAGCUCGGGACUGACAGCCAUGAAGACGGUGGAUGAAGCUCACCUCUUUUAUUGAGCAUUGAAAAGCACUCAGGAGAGUCUCUGGUCAUUUCAGCUCCAACAAACAAGAGCAAAAAUAUUUAUAAUUGAAAGGGUGCAUGAUUUUGUAGCAACUGCAAGCUUAUUGAUUAGGCUGCGAUAAAGAUUAUGAUGAGAGAAUAAAGUGUUAGAAACUUGGCUGAAAUAUUUGCUUGAACACUCCAUUAACAUGUGACGUAAUAUUAAUAUUUCACAAAGGAUCACAAAUCCAUUUAUUUUUAUUUUAUCGCAUUUCUUAAUGUCCAAUUAUCUGUUUAU